CUUGAACAGAAUGCACGUUUUGCUCCGCACUUUCUGAGGAUUUAGUCGUAACUUGCAUACCAUGGACUACACAAAGCAGUGCAUCGAGCUGCUUUCUCGCCACUCGGACAGAGCGAAAGUCUGGGUGUUGUAUGGAUGAUAGUAGUUGCGAGUUCACAAGAUAUCUUUGUCUCGAGCCAUGUCCGAGCAACGUGGCUGUCCGGAACGGUCCGACGCUUCAUCACCAGUGAAUGGAGCGUUCCGCACUCCGAAAAGUAAGUUUCCCAAAUUCCUUCUUAGACUCUAUGUUCUAAAGCAUUCCAGUUCUGCUCUCUAUGUGUUUCGAGAGGCAGCAGUGGAAGCACUGCGUGAGACUAACCUGCAAUGGACACGGAUUGUGAACGGCUACUUUCUUGACUACUAUGGCCUUCCUUAUCUUAAAUCUUACUUACAACCCUUAACAUUUGCUGUUGACAUCGCCAACAAAGCAGCUGCAAUUCCAGGCACGGGGAACGAUAUCGUCUAUUUCACUUAUACCUUUGAUGUCGCCAAGUUUGUCGUUGCCCUUCUUUGUCUAUCAGACUGGGAUGAGACAACAUAUUGUUAUGGAGACAAGGCCACUUGGAACGAAAUUCUUCAACUUGCAGAAGAAUCUCGCGGUUCCAAGUUCACUGUAUCUUAUGACGUCCUUGAGAAGCUGCAGAAAGGAGAAGUUACAGAGUUACCCUCGCACCGCGAGUCAUAUGGGUUCUUCCCCAAGCCAGCUCUGCAGGGUUUUCUUUCUAUGCUCGGACGCUAUGUUAUUGAAAGGAGAUUUGACAUUCCGGCUGACAAGGCACUUAAUGCCAAGUUCACCGAUAUUCAAACCCUCAAAGUUAAGGAAGCGAUCGAACUAUGGAGAGGUCAUCAGCGUUGA